UGUCACAAGUUAGCCUGCAGUUUCUUGUUUGUGUUCUUACCUCCUUGCUGCAGUGCUGUUCCUAAUCCCUUCACAUUUUGCCCAGGCCAUGAGCUCUUCGGAGACACCGCAGCCUCUCCUGGAACAACUUCAGUGUUUGGCGCAGAGAGUUGAUGUCCAGCAGGCCUAUCAAGAACAAAUUAUGCACUGUCUGCAGAAACUCUCCUCCCAGCUGCAGGUUGUGUCCACUUCCUCACCCUUUGUUGCGGCUCCUGUCCCUGCUCCGGUUCUUGCUGCUCCAACUCCCACUGUUCCCCCAGUGGAACACAGUCCUUCAAGACUCCAGCUGACUCCACCGCCUCACUUCUCUGGUGAUCCCAAAGCUUGUCCGGGCUUCAUUAAUCAGUGCUCUAUUCAUUUUGAACUAGCAGCCGAUUAUUUUACUACUGACCGUUCCAAGGUGGCAUACAUGAUUUUCCUCCUUUCGGGUGAAGCAAUGGCUUGGGCCUCG